UAAAAAGCUCCGCGGACCGCAGUCGGUUUGGUGGCGACUCCAAAUCUACCCUACUGGGCCGGCACAUUGGGCCUAAAGGCGGCGCUUAGAGUCGCGAGUUCUUACUAGAACCCGCCAAAGCCCAAUACGCAAUUAGAAAGUUCGCCAAAUCCCCCAAAUUUGCAAAUCUCAACCAAACCCUAUUCGUGCGCUCACUCUCCCCGGGAUCAUGGCGGCCUCUUCGUCGUCGGAAACGUCCGAUUCCUCCGACUCCUCGGCCUCCCGCAGCCGUCGCCGCCACCACCGCAGCCGACGCGACAGGGACAGAGAGUCUCUCAAGGUUCGUAAGAAGGGAAAGGACAAAAAAUCCCAUCCCAAGCGUCGCCGCCGGCACCACCGCUCCUCAUCCUCCUCCGAUUCCUACGAGUCUUCUUCUUCUGAUUCAUACUCCAGAAGUGAGAGCUCAUCCGAUAGUGAGCCUGAAACAUCUAACCAUUCAAAGAGGCCUAAGAAAAGCGAUAGGUCGAAGAAGAGCAAGGACAAGGAUAGAAGUAAGAAUCAUCGUCAUAAGCGUCAGAAGCUAAAGGCGAAAGAGUUUUUAGGACGUGACAAAGAUGACGGUGUGCGUCGAAGUGCUGUUUCGGGGAAAAAGAUACUGUUGAAGGUGGAGAAGUCAAGAGAGGACAAAGAGGCAGAGAACAAAAGAAAUGAAUUACUGAAAUUCUUGAAUGCCAACUUUGAUUGACAGCUCCGUGUCUGGAAAUGUAUGAUUGGAGAAGUCAUUAGGUGCCGAACUAUGUGUGCUAAUCUUCCGACGAUAAGGCUGUCGGACAGAACAGCAAGGUGAUGUUCGUAUGACAUGCAAAGAUUUGCCGGUCAUGGAGCUGCGUUUUUGUGGUGAAAGCAAAGAAGUACUUUUGAUUGAGCUUUGUGUGUUGUUUGAACUUUGAAUCCGAGUCUUUCCAGAUGGGUAGAAUGUGUUCUUUUCACGUUGUUAUGUUACUAUGAUUGUGAAUGGUGCCAUAGAUUUACACUGUUAUUUAUAUGUGCCAUUACAAAAGCUUGGUGGCUAGCUUUUGUGAACCAUUUACUUGCUGAGUUACUGAUUGAUCGUUUGAGUAUUUAUAAAGUCCAAGUGUAGUCUCACACGUUAAAUUUCUUA